UAACGAACUUAACAAUAAAUAGGUGCAAAAUAGAAAAUAUUUAUUAGUUAUUCUCCCUCAUAACCUAACUAGCAAGAUCUUCCUCCCUCAUUCAAGAGUUGCAUCAUAUGUCUCCCUUCAUCUUUCAAUCUUCUUGUUCUCUGUCUUUUACUUUCUAGUUCUUUUCACAAUGCUAGAUUUAUCGUUGUCUUCACUAUUCUCUUCAAAAUACCAUCUACCUAUCAAAGCUAUAGAUACAUCCAAACCCAUUGCUUCAAUUAUUACAAGGAGAAGAAGCUUCUUGGCCUUUGCUUUUGGAUUCAUCUUUAUUUUUGUAGCUUGUACAUUUCUCUUUGCCUUUAACCCAUCAUCUUCUUAUUUCUUUUAUUCAUCUCCUUGGUUUAAUAAUUUCAUUAGAACCACUACCAAUUCUACUUCCUCUUAUAAAUCUCAAUUUUCCACCUUGUUCUCCCGUGUUCUCUAUUCUUCCUCAUUUUCUCACCAGCCAAACAUCCCAUUUCAAGUUUCUAAUGAAUCUUUAUCCAUGAAUGAUAAUGCUGACGAUGGCAUUUCUUUGAUUCAAGAUUCCAACUAUACCUCCGAAAACAACUCCACAUUCCCACCACCUAAUGAGGGCAACUAUAUUAACCAAUUAUUGAGUGAUGGUGCAAACAUGGCCAUGGAUUCUCAAUCUUUAUUAUCUAAGGAUUCAAGAAAAAAUUCCUUCCAAGAAAACCAAGAUUUAUCAAAGAGGAAAAAUGGAAGGAAGAAAAAUGUUGUGCAGAAGAAGAGAAGUACAAGACACAAGGCACUUGUGCCAAAAAGGAGAAAUAGAAAGAAGAAGAACAUCAAAUGGAUGGAGACAAUGAGACGAUGCAAUAUAUUUGAUGGGAGAUGGGUGAAAGAUAAUUCUUAUCCACUUUUUGAACCAGGGUCUUGCCCACACAUUGAUGAGCCUUUCAAUUGUUUUAUAAAUGGAAGGCCAGAUAAUGGUUAUCAGAAAUAUAGAUGGCAACCAGACGAUUGCAACAUCCCAAAGCUAAAUGGCAAACAUAUGUUGGAGAUGCUGAGAGGGAAGCGUCUUGUUUUUAUUGGCGAUUCUCUCAAUAGAAACAUGUGGGAAUCUAUGGUUUGUAUUCUUCGAAAUGCAGCAAAAGAUAAGAGCAAAGUUUUUGAAGCCUCUGGCAAAGAAGAAUUUAAAACAGAAGAUUCCUAUUCUUUUGUGUUUGAGGAUUAUAACUGCUCAGUGGAAUUCUUUCGUUCAACAUUUCUUGUUCAAGAAUGGGAAAUGCAAGAAACAAAUGGAGCAAACAAAGAAACACUUCGUAUUGAUUUGGUGGAGAGAUCAGCCGAUAAGUAUAGAAGUGCAGAUGUUCUUGUAUUCAACACAGGACAUUGGUGGACUCAUGAGAAAACUUCCAGUGGGAAAGGUUACUACCAAGAAGGAAGCCAUAUCUAUGACGAAUUAAAUGUCGAUAUGGCAUUUAGGAAAGCUAUGACAACGUGGGCCAAAUGGGUGGAGGCAAAUGUAGAUCCUCUCAAGACCCUUGUUGUUUUCAGGGGCUACUCUGUUUCCCAUUUUAGAGGUGGAGAAUGGAAUUCUGGAGGGCGUUGCGACGGUGAGACCGAGCCACUUACGGAGGAGAAUCAGUUUGAAAAUGAUCCAUCCAUGGUGAAAAUUCUGGAGUCUGUACUUGAAGAGAUGAAGGCGCCUAUAUUCUAUUUGAAUGUUACAAGAAUGACCAACUUUCGCAGAGAUGCUCACCCUUCAAUUUAUAGGGAGAAGGAUUUACCUGAAGAGGAGAAGAGAUCGCCAUUGAGAUUCCAAGAUUGCAGCCAUUGGUGUCUCCCAGGAGUUCCUGAUACAUGGAAUGAAAUAAUAUAUACUCAACUCCUUUUGAAAUACAAGCAAAAUCUUCGAAAACAACAACAACGUCAUGUACAUAGGAAAAGAAAACCAUAGAUUGUCUAUGUCUAUGUAGAUUUUGAGAGUUUUGUUUGUAUCUCAAAUGCUUUACAAAUCAAUCAGGACUCACCUUGUAAAAGAAUCACAGGUGUAUUUCAAUAGGUUUUAAAAAAAGCAAAGGUUAUGUUA